ACAUAAAGGAGCAUUUUCAUCGUACGAUAAUUCCCCACAUCAAGCGACAUUCAUUCAUUUUCAAAUUGAAAUGAAAACCAAUCAGAAUUUAUGUGAUAAUCAGUAACAUAAUUGAUAAAUGUACAUUAGAUGAAAAUCUUUCAUUAAACCUCCUAUUAAUCAGAAUUCCAACAAACUAAAAAUAAGUAGAUAUGUUUAAUAUAACCGAUUGACUGUAUCCAUGUCUGUUUCAUAAUAACAUUUUCAUAAGUUGGUAACAAGUAUUUUGUAAUCUUGCCAAGCACAUAGUGUACGGCGUUGAUUUAAUCGUUUAGGUGAAUAAGUUGGUGUCAGAAGUAACUUAUAGAUAGUUUUUCUGUUUACGUUAUCGAAUAACAACUGGGAGUUAAGGAAUAAACAUGAGUGAUGAUGAUCGAGAUAUUGAUAUAGAAAGUGAUGAAGGAGAUGACUCUGACUCUAGGCAGAGACAUUCCAAUAAUACACAGUAUUAUUCCCAAGCUGAAAAACGUGCACACCAUAAUGCAUUAGAGCGUAAGAGAAGAGAUCAUAUCAAGGAUAGUUUUUCAAGCCUUAGGGAUUCUGUUCCUGCUUUACAAGGUGAAAAAGUUGCAAGCAGAGCGCAAAUACUUAAAAAAGCAGCCGAAUACAUACAAUUCAUGCGACGUAAAAAUUCUUCGCAUCAACAGGACAUCGAUGAUUUGAAAAGGCAAAACAGUCUAUUGGAAACUCAAAUAAGAACGCUAGAGAAAGCCAAAAUAACUGGAAACUUUGCUGCAGAAACAUGUGAGGUAUCUAAAUCUGAUUCGAUAGGAAUGAAUAAUUACAAUGAUUCUGAAUCUGAAUCUUCGGACAGUGAAACAGGACGAGCCAUCCGUCAACCGAAGAAAUUAAAAGUUUCCGGUAUUCAUCAUUGACGAAAGCGGAAGAAAGUGUAUAAGAAUUGAUUAUUCUAGAACUUCUUUUUUGAUAUAAUGCAAUCAUCUUAUUACAAGAAAAAAUAUUUUAUGUAAAAUUAUAAACUUCAAAUACCUAUUAACACUUUACCGACCAAUAGUCUAUUAAUCAGCUUUUUGUCACCAACACUUAUCGACCUAUAAUUGUGUGGAAUAAUCUGCAUGGCAUGC